ACCCCCGUGUUUGUGGAAUGGUACAGUCCGGGAGUUGAACUAUUUUGCGGGAAGCUGUUUGGACAGAUAAAAGCGAAAGAGCUGUUAUUUAAGCCUCCGUUGCUUCUAAUAAGAAAAUGUCAUCUGUUGAUCCAAUGGAUUCUCCUGACCUGUCUACUAUAGACAAAGCGAGCUUCCUGCAGGGACUGCAGCUACAUGAUGGUAACCCUCUGCACAGCACCGCCGUGGAAGAAGAUUUGAAUGAUGUAGAGAAAGAAGAGACAGACAAAGGAGGAGCAGGAAGAGAAGACAUUCCAAAGACACUGAAGACUACGAACAAACAACAACGGGCUGCUGUGAAGAAGAAGAGGACAGAGGAGGGUGGAGAGAAUGAGAAAGACGAGGAGCAGAAAAAGAAAAAGAGGAAAAGUGCUGGAGAGAUGGUCAAAACCAGACCAGUGAAAAAUCAACAGAUGAAGGACCAGAAGAGAAAGAGUGAAUCAGGAAGUGGACAGCACAGCGACAACCAAUUACAGGAGGAAUCAGACUCUGGCAGCGUCCAGCAGGGCCGUAGGAGACUCCUGUCCUCUGAUGAGGAGUUGGACAGCGACACCAGCUGGAACCCAAGUCCUAAGAAGCCCAGGAUGUAUAGUUUGGGCACAACUAGAAAGCCUUCACUGAGCAGCUCCAAACCCAGAAAGUCUUCAUCAGGCAGUGCAUCAGGGGAAGCUGAAAAAGCCGACAGAGAUAAACAGAAGAGGAAGAGGCAUCAGGGAGGUACAGAUCUGGACGUGGUGCUGGAUAACUUCCUGGAUUUUUGUGACCAGUACAGAGACACUGUGGAGUCUAAAGCAGUCAAAAAGUCCAUUGAUUCUUUCUCUAACAGUGUCAAGGACCAACUAUUGGAAAAGAUCUCUUCUUGUAAGGAGUUACGGGUCCUCAAAAGAGAAAAUGCAAAGGUGGGUUCUGCGAUUCGUACAAAAACACAGAAACUACUGCACGCCAAGCAUGAGCUGAUGAGGGCAGAGAGGCAGGUGUUUUUGCUGCAGAAGGAGAAAGCUGAACUUGAACUCAGACUGGCUGAUCUGAGACGAGGCCGUGCCUUCCUCCAUGACAUCAGAGAACUCAACAGACAGUAUCUAGAACACCGACGCAAACACCCCAGACAGAAAGAGACGUACGGUGCGUCCAGCUUACCGGCUCUGCUGUUGGAGGCGAAACUUAUGCAUGCAGCAGAGGGAGACAGAGGAGUCAACAACGGACCGAAUUCAAGACAGAAGCGAAACACAACUGAGAAAUAAUGUGGGAUGAUGUGUAUCCCACACACAAACAUGUAUAAACUUUAAACCUCUUCUAGAAUAAAUAUUAUCAACAGCAUUAAAGCUGCUGUGAAAAAUAAGCUGGAAGCUUUGCUUGUUGGGGAUUGGGUUUUGUACACCAUAACUGUAAGAUACACAUCAUUUUUAGGUUAAUGCAACAUAAUAUGUAUAUAAAAAUAAACUAAAUAUACCAGCA